UGCUGAGGAACAUCUACUUAAGCAAAGAGUGGAGAGGUAAUGCAUGCACGUACUUUCCAUUGGGAAGUCUCUGGUAAAGAAAGGGAGGUGCUCCAUUGUGGAGAUAUGAAUCUUCCAGAACGAUGUGCCGAGAAACCUUCCUUCUUUUUCUUGUACUUCUUUGGCCUCCUCUCUCUUUCUGCAUUCUUUCACCUGUAUACCCAGACGUCUUUCCAUCAAUGGAAAAGCCACUUGAAAAACACCACCUAUGUCCCCUUGAUGGAAAACCCUCCUUUCCUCAACAGCACCAGUGCUACUCCUAUCACAACUACUAAGCCAGUAGAUCCUGGUAUAUGGACAGUGAACUCCAUUGGCCGAUUGGGGAACCAGAUGGGGGAAUAUGCCACACUUUAUGCUUUAGCCAAACUCAAUGGACACAAAGCCUUCAUCCUCCCAUCCAUGCACCAAUAUCUCUCCCCAAUCUUCCGGAUUACUUUGCCUGUGAUCUCUACUGAGGUGGUUAAAAAUAUCCGUUGGAGGAACUUCAAUCUACAUGACUGGAUGUCAGAAGACUAUCGUCAUAUUAAAGGCAAAUAUGUCCGCUUGACAGGCUACCCAUGCUCUUUCACAUUUUAUCACCAUAUCCGUCAAGAGAUACUUCAGGAGUUCACCUUCCAUGAUCACAUCAAAGAAGAGGUCAAUCAAUACCUAUGGACUCUGAGAAAGAAGGAAGAAGAGGUGACAUAUGUUGGUAUCCAUGUUCGGAGGGGGGAUUACGUCUGGGUGAUGCCACAUACCUGGAAAGGUGUGGUGGCUGAUAAAGGCUACCUGGAAAAAGCCAUGCACUACUUCAGAGUGAAGUAUGACAACCCCAUCUUCGUAGUGACCAGCAAUGGGAUGGAUUGGUGCAAGCAAAACAUUAAUGCUUCCAGGGGGGAUGUUUACUUUGCUGGGGAUGGGCGAGAGUCAUCUCCAGGGAGAGAUUUUGCUCUCCUUGCUCAUUGCAACCAUACAAUAAUGACCAUUGGGACAUUUGGGAUCUGGGCUGGUUACUUGGCUGGUGGGGAGACAGUGUACUUAGCCAACUACACCCUACCAGACUCUCCCUUUCUCAAAGUCUUCAGGCCUUCAGCAGCCUUUUUGCCUGAAUGGAUAGGCAUCCCAGCGGACUUGUCCCCUCUGCUGAACAAAACAAAAGUGACACGUUAGUUAUGACUCAGUGAUGUGACACAGUUUUUCUUGUCUGGGAUCUGUUCCUCAGGGCGAUGCAGGAGACUGAUAUCAGGAAUUCAUGUCAACCAAGUGCCAGAAUCAUGCAAUUGCAUUGAGGUAUAUAAGAGACAGUUCCAGUUAUGGUAUGUUUCCAUUUUGCUUAAACAACAUCACUGCAGCAAGACAACAUAUGGUGUGAUUCAGUUACAAGCCUUCACAUCAUUAUGCCCUUAAAAAGAUUCAAACCUAACAUAUGGACUUCUCUCUUUCACAUCAUGAAUCUUAAAUAUUCAUAUACCUCACUUAUAGGAAUUGUGUUCCUGAGCAUUUGGUACCAGAGGGACAAAUAACGUGGUGAAAACAGACAUGUUCCUGCAUUGUGAAAAAAGAAAGUAAGAAAACAAAUAAUGUUUUAGCAUACCAUCUAUUCAAAUUGAAUAAAAUAAGUAUGUAAAAUGAAACAACCAGGUCAGAUAAGCCUUACAUGGGACUCUUCUAGAGAUCUCUUGAAGGCUUCUUGCGAAAUGCAUCCAGGGGUAACUUUUCUAUUCUCUAGCCUCUAUUUUAUUUAUGAUGUCUAUUUCCUUUAAUUGCUGUAGUUCCAUUCUGGGAAGUGUAGUUUAGCGAGGGAUAUUUAGCAUACUCAGCCAGACAGUUCAAUUUUCUUUCUAAACUACAACCCCCAAGAUCCCAUAGGAUGCAGCUAUGAAUGCUAAAGUGGAACACAACUGCAGUAAUGGUGAAGUGUGGAAAGGUCCCAGCAAAUUAAAACAUUUCAGGAAAACAAAAGAAAUGGGCUUUAUUGAAAAAAAUCAUUCUAGGAUAGCUAGGAUGCUGUUCUGUGUUACUCUUGCUUUGUGUUUGGAAGGGGAAUAAGGAGGCUGGGAUUUAGCACAGCAGGUUAAACUUCCAGCUGCAGAAAAUCUUGCCAAUCAAAAGGUUGACAGUUCAAGUCCGGGUUGGGGUGAGCUCCCAACCAUCAACUCAGCUCUGCUCAUCUAGCAGCUCAAAAAAGUAAUGUGAGCAGAUAAAUAGGUACCGCUUUGGCAGAGAGGUAAUAAAAGGCAGCAAUUUGAUCGGGAGAGCAUCUAAAGACAACAAAGCUCCUUGACAUGGAAAAUGGAGUGACAGCACACUGCCCCUUCCCUGGUGGCCGAAGCCAAGCACAACCUCCAGAUGCCGGAGAUGGAAAAAGAUGGGAAGCCUUUACCUCUGUUUAUGUACUGUCUGUCUUUGUUACUUUU